UGACACAUACACAGCAAGACUUAACUGCACAAAGCAGGCAACCGAGCAAAAUGACAAUGACUUUCCUGUGCAGCACAGCCAUGGUCAAGUCCCUGCUGCUGUUGAUGUUGGGGCUCACCCUCCUGAGGGAGGUGGAAGCUCGGAAAAAAAACAAAGCGGGGGAUGCUGCCCUCUGCCCUCCUCUGGAGGAAAACAGUGUGAGGGUUGACAUUCGCAUCCUCAAUCAAAACCAGGGUGCUCCCAUCUCAAAUGACCUCCAGAACCGCUCCAGCUCCCCCUGGGACUACAGCAUCACCCGGGACCCCCAUCGCUUCCCCUCUGAGAUCGCAGAGGCCCGGUGCAGGCACUCAGGCUGCAUCAACGCCCAGGGCCAGGAAGACAGCUCCAUGAACUCCGUUCCCAUCCAGCAAGAGGUCCUAGUCCUCCGGAGGGAGCCCCUGGGCUGCUCCCACUCCUUCCGGCUGGAAAAGGUGCGGGUGACUGUUGGUUGCACCUGUGUCACCCCCAUUGUCCGCUACAUGCGUGCCUGAGAGCUGUCCACCAGUUCAGCUGAAGAAUCCGUGGAAAUGCCCUCCCUUACCCGGUGCUCCGCAGCAAGUCCUGUGUGGUCCCAAUUCUCUCUGCUUCAUAGAGCCUGCAUGGAAUUCCCAAAGCUCUGUAUUAGACAUAGUAUUAACUUUCUUGGGGCUUCAAAUCAUAACAUAGUCCUGAGAUGUGCUAAUGUUCUGAUCCUCUGAAAAUGCAUGGAGGAGAAUGGAGCCUGUGGGCCCCUCUGUUUGUGCGUGGUGAUGACCACUUUCUAGCCAUGCGGUCCCCAUGACACAGUGCCAUUCCCUGGGAGCUCUGUUAGUAAGAUGGGCCUCUAUGUACAUGGAUGAAAUGUAGAAAAUACCACCAUGCUGUAAGAGUGUGUGUUGAGGGGCUGUGCAUGGGCAGGCGGGUGGAAAGA